GGCUGGGGCGGGCUUUCCGGGUUUUAAACUUGGCUUCCUCCAUCCCGCCCUCUCCUGCUCGUGGGCUCCUGCGCAUACUGUGCCGUCCCGGAGGAGGUGAGGCGUCUGUCCUUCAGGGAUCCCCCCAGACCUGGCAUGGAGAGCUUGGAGGAGUGCGGAGAGGACGCCGCGCUGGAGCCCUGCAGGACCCCCCAGGCCUCCGUGACAUUCAAGGAUGUGGCCGUGGACUUCACCUGGGAGGAGUGGAGGCUCCUGGACCCUCCCCAGAAGGAGCUGUUUUGGGAGGUGAUGCUGGAGAACUACAGGAACCUGGUCUGCCUGGGCCUUGCUGAUUCAAACAAGGAUGUGAGGAUCUCUGAGCUGGAGUCAGGGGAACCACAUUGGAUUCCAACUGGUGGUGUCCUAAGAAGCUGCUGGCCAGGUUGGGAAUCCAGGCCUCAGAACAAGGAGUCAGCUCCCAAGAUGAGUAUUUCUGUGAAAGUCUUAUCCCAGGAAAAGUUCUUGGAGGAUGAUCUAAGAAUCUGCAAGAUGGCGAAAGCCUGGGAGUGUGAUGGCAGGUUGAAGAAAAAGCAGAACAUUGAAGGGAAACCUUCUAGAGGAAUAAAAAUAAUCCAAGCAGAACCUCCCAGUGAGGCUGGAGUUUCUGAACAUGGUAAAUACCUUCAGACCUCUAGCCCAGAGCCAGGCCUUUUUCCACAACAGGGAACAUCUGUAGUUAUGCAGGGCCAAAAAGGAGAUAACCAGAGAGGGCGAUCCACCAUGUAUUUGAACCAAGGACAAAGAGAUCAAAUCCAUUCCAGGAAGAAACGUCGUAAGGUUAACAAAUGUCAGAAAGUGCUGGGCCAUGAUUUGGGCUCCAUAAAAAGACGUGGAAUUCUUUCUGAAGAGGAAGUUCAUGAAAGGGAGAAUUCAUUCCCUCGUAUUAAUGAAUGUGGUCCACACCAGACAACCGAUAGGGGGAAAAAGUGUAAUGAGUUAACUAAAUGGAGGAAGACAGGUCAUGCUGAACAUUACUGUCAUCAUCAGAGUAGAGAGAGACGGUACAACUGCAGUGAAUGUGGAAAGGCCUUCCAGGAAAAGGGGCAUCUUAAAGCACAUUACAGAAUCCAUACUGGAGAGAAACCUUUUAAAUGCAGUGAAUGUGGAAAGGCCUUCCAGAAAAAGGGGAAUCUUAAAGCACAUUACAGAAUCCAUACUGGAGAGAAACCUUGUAAAUGCAGUGAAUGUGGAAAGGCCUUCCUGCAAAAGGGGGAUCUUAAAAAACAUUACAGAAUCCAUACUGGAGAGAAACCUUUUAAAUGCAGUGAAUGUGGAAAGGCCUUCCCGCAAAAGGGGGAUCUUAAAAAACAUUACAGAAUCCAUACUGGAGAGAAACCUGUUAAAUGCAGUGAAUGUGGAAAGGCCUUCCUGCAAAAGGGGGAUCUUAAAAGACAUUACAGAAGUCAUACUGGAGAGAAACCUUUUAAAUGCAGUGAAUGUGGAAGGGCCUUCCAGCAAAGGUGGGAUCUUAAAAUACAUUACAGAAUUCAUAUUGGAGAGAAACCUUUUAAAUGCAGUGAAUGUGGAAGGGCCUUCCAGCAAAGGUGGGAUCUUAAAAUACAUUACAGAAUUCAUACUGGAGAGAAACCUUUUAAAUGCAGUGAAUGUGGGAAAGCCUUUUCCAGAGCUGGAACACUAAAAGGACAUCAGAGUACUCAUACUGGAGAGAAACCUUUUAAUUGCAGUGAAUGUGGGAAGACAUUCCAAAGAAAUUCUUACCUUUUAAGUCAUCAGAGGAGAAUUCAUGGAGGAAUUCAUCUUCAUGAAUGCGAUGUAUGUGGGAAAGCAUUCUAUGGGAAGCAUGAACUUACUAUUCACAGUAGAAUACAUACUGGAGAGAAACCCUAUGAAUGCAGUGAAUGUGGGAAGGCCUUUUCCAAUAAGUCAUGUCUUACCCACCAUAGCAGGAUUCAUGCUGGAGAGUGUAAACCUUAAAAUUUCUUAGACUUAUAAAUGUUGGAAAUUUCACCAUUGGGAAAUUUCAUACUUGAAAAAUUUCCUACUGAUAGUCUAUUGGAAUGUGAACCCCUUUGGCAUGGGAGGGUCCUUCUCCUCCCUACCUAAGACUACUUUAGGACAGAAACCUUUUGCUGAACAAUGGAAAGGGCUUUGACCUAUCCUUAAGCAUAGAACAGGAAUUUCUUUGAGUCAUGAUUGAUUUUAGAAUUGAUACAAUGGAGAUACUUGGAAUGACAGAACCAGGUCUUGGAAAUUGCAAUCUCCACCCUACUCAGUCCUAACAGGAUUUAGGAAGGGCUGCAGCAUAGAUCAAAAUUAUUCUAAUCUCUACCCUACUCAGGGUAAUAGGAUUUAGGAAGGGCUGUAGCAAAAGAUCAAGAUUUAAUUAUUUGAGAAUAUGACCUUCAACAGACAUGUGCAAAGCCACAGACCUCUGGGCGGUCCUGGGUUAAGCUAGAGCCACCAUUGGCAUAGGGAAAAUGAUGGACAGUGAUUGGUAGAUGUGAGAACUGAGGGGAGGGAACUUGGAUGGUUUCCUUAAAGAUAGAGGGGUCUGAGGACUGAGGGGGUUGGUUGGAGAGUUUUGGCUCUGAGUGGUUGGAGAGGUGCUCUGAGAAGCUUGCUCUGAAGGAAGCUGGAGGUGGAGGACCUUCAGACUGUUUCUCCAUUUUGGUCACAUGAGUAAUAGGGACUGAUCUCCUUCCUUUGCCCCAGCUAUCUAAGGGCUUGGGCCUUUUGGCCCAGCCUAAACAGAAGGGGUAUUUAAGCCCUAUUCCCUUCUCUCCCCUUCUCUCUCUCUCUCUCUCUCUCUCUCUCUCUCUCUCUCUCUCUCUCUCUCUCUCUCUCUAAUUCCUUUCUUCCUCCUGUUUGUAAUUAAACUCUAUAAAAGUUGACGGCUGACUUGAGUUUUCAUUUAGGAAUUACAUAGCUGAAUUCCUUGGCAACCUUAAAUUAAUAUAUAUCAGUCUUUUAAAGUGAUUUCCUUGUCACAAGAGAAACCUUUUCAAUGUGAUAUUUGAGGAAAAGUUCUGAAGGAAGGACUUUCAAAUGAGCUUCUGGUCUGGAUACUGGCUGUGCCAUUGUGUUGGUAUCUGUUCCUUUAUCUUGUUGAUGGCCAAUAUGAUGCUAAUAUUUCUGCCAUGACACCUGUUUGAUUGACAUGCCACAACCCCCAUUCCUACUUUCCUGAAUAAAGGCAAUUCAGCUGAGUCACUCUGGAACCUCUGACAGGCUGACCUGAUGACACCA